AUUUUUUUUGUAAUUCUUUAUAAUAAUGGGUCAAACAGUCUGGUUAUUAAAAAACAGGCCUCUAUGGUCAUUGUAUUUUUUUUCUUACUAUUAAAAUAAUGGUUGGUCCCAUUGGAGUAGAUGUUAUUUGUAGUAACUUUAGUUUGUAAGAUGAAUUUUUUUAAGUACUAUUUGAUUGUAGUAUAGAUUUUUGUGUUCUUUUUUUGGAUUGAAAUCGAUUUGUUGUAAUAUAAUUUUUGGAUUGAAUACAAUUAUGAACUAGACCCAAAAUUUUUUGUACUUUCAUAUGUGAUUAAUAAAUGAUGGUGACUCAAAAAUUCUAGGUCCGCCACUGGAUGCGUGAAAGAUGGAGUCAUGAAGGAGGGGGUUGUUGUUGUUGACUUCCUGUUGUAGGUGGGGCUGCUCCGGCAUGGGUGGGACGGUGGGUGAGCUCCGUUCGAGUGGGAGAUCUGGAAGAGGAAAGGGGAACAGGAAAGAGGGUUGUUUUUUUUUUUUUAAUUAAUUUUUACGUUUUUAGUUUAAAAAAUUAAAAUUCGACCAAUUAAAAGGUGACUAUGGCAAGGUUGUUUUCUUUUAUAGGUUAUCAAAGAAACAAACCGGUUAAAGGACUGUUUUGAGCGGGGGCAAAGGCGGAAUUAUUUACUCCAAAGUGGGAUUAUCUUUUCAAUUUAGGUUGUCGCCACUCCAUUCCUCCGGGCGUAAGCUAUACUCUUCGUCUGACAACCUUCCAAUAACAACACCGCGGACACCUUAUUUCACCGGAGGCAAUUCUCCAAGUAAUCGAUUAAUUCGCAUAAUUUCUUCUUCAAUUACCCUCCCAUGGAAGCAUACACUCCCUUACUAGUGCGAACCAAAGUGCCCCAACCCUCUCUUCAACGCUACGCUGUUAUUCAAAUUUUCGAAAAACUCCGAUCAACACCUUCAAUCUUAAACCCUAAUUCAGACCCUGAAAGGGAGGCCAUUACUCAAUGCCUUCAGUCCUCUUCACUUGCUGUGGUUGAUCAAUCAGUGCACGAGCUUUGUCGCCUCGUCAAGGAGUCCAAAUUAGACCAUUCAUUCGCCCUUCUUGAGCUUCAAUCUGCUCUUGAAGGUUGCCCGCCUCGCUUCGUUAAUGUUUUUGUUAAAGGAAUUGGGUUUCUUGUUCGUUUCGGGUUUCGUAGUAAAAGGUUUAUUUCAGAAAAUUUUGUUCAUGCCCCAGAGGAUCAUCCCUUUGUUAAGGUUUUAGCAAGUCGUUCAGAGUCACAAAAUGAACUUGUUCAACAAGUUGUAUUGUUUGUGGUGCAUGGCAAGCAAAAUGGGAUUGGUGAAGUCUGUGACUACUUGAGGCCUCUGUUAACCUUCUCUGUUCUGAUGUCAUGCUCUUCAGAUUCAUCAUUGUCCUCAUUCUUGAGUCUUGUGAUUUAUUCAUUGAUGUCUCUUUGUUGCUCCUUACUUAAUGAGGCGAGUCCUCUUUUGGAGAUGCUGAUUGAUUGUUUGAGGUGCUUUAGCCUUAGAGGUGCUGAGGAUAUUGGGAAAGCUGUCAUUUUUGCCGAAUUAUUAGUGGAUGCGCACAGUGUAGUUUUGCAGCACUUAGUUAAGAUUGGAUCUAUGGUUACUGAAGCUCAAUUAAUUGGGGUGAAACUGUUGGAUGCUCUUCUCACAUUGUGCUUGGAGUUUGAAACGUGUAAUAUUGAAAGCAAGCCUGUCCUUGAACUAUCAAGGAGACUUUUGAGUUUCCAGAAAGAGCUUAAAUUGCACUAUCUCCCUCAAUUUUACUCUCCUAUGUUAUCUCUCUUUGUGCUUCUAGCUCAAUUGGAACUUGAAGAUGAAAAGUUAUUUGUCCUUGAUCUCCUAGCAUACAUCCUCAAAUGGAGAAUUCAUGAUGAGAAUGUUAUGCCGGGAGCUGUAUGUAAUCCAUGUGAAGUGUCUUUGUUCUUUUUUCCUAUCAUCAGCUUGAUGUCUUCUCCUUCAAACACUGUGAAACAAGCAGCAUCUCAGUUUCUUUUGAUGUUGGAAAAGCUCCUUGUAAGUCGUUCGACCUCGUUGAAGGACGAACUAUCUAUUCAAAGGGAAUCUUUAUUUGUAAGCAAGCUUGAAAUGACCAUCCUAAGGCUGCUGCGGCAUUUAUGGGUUCAGGAUUUACCCCCCUGUUCUUUCUUUCUAAACAUUUAUUCUGCCUGUGGAAAUAGAAAUUAUGAGAGUGGAUCAAAAUCUUGGCUAUCUCAUCUAGGAAAAUAUGCUUUGUCUAUUGCUGAGGGACACAAGUCCUCUGUCCUCAUGUCAUCAUCUCACGAAGUUGUCUCAACUGAGGUACCUUUUCUGCUGGGUGCGCUUACUGGAAGUCUGGUUGUACAUCAAUCUUUGGGAAGCAGUGCUAUAGAAACAUUAGCUGCUCUCAGCAAUAUGGAACCCAAACUUGGUGUUUCACUGCUGCUAGCUGUGUUAUACUACUGCAAUUUAUUAAGGUCAAACAUCAAAGAUUGUAAUGAAUGGCUAUUGAAACUUUUGACAAUGCUAUCUGUACUUGCUUCAAACUCCUCAAUGUUACCUUUGAUAUUACAAACAGUCCUACCAAUGCUUCAGAAGGAUUCAAAUCCGGUCUUGUAUGCAACUUCACUUCGUUUGCUUUGUAAGGCCUGGGAGAUUAAUGAUAGGGUCUUCGGGAGCUUGCGUAGCUUUCUGCUGCCGGAAUGUUUUGUUGAAUUCAGAUUUGAUGAAACUAUUUCUAUAAGUAUGGCUGCUUCUCUUCGGGAUGUUUGCAGAAGAAAUCCAGAAAGGGGUGUACAGCUGAUUCUAUCUGUAGCAGUGUGCAUUGAGUCCAGUGGUUCCAUAAUUCGAGCUCUGGGAUAUCAAAGCAUUGGCUACCUUUGUGAAGCUGACGCAGUUGAUUUCUAUACGGCAUGGAAUGUCAUCGCAAAAUAUGGACCAGAGUAUUCCACGGAUCCCGUACUUGCUUAUAGCUUAUGUUCAUUCUUGAGAUGGGGUGCUAUGGAUGCUGAAGCUUAUGCGGAAGCCUCAGUUAUCAUCUUGCAAAUUCUAUGGGACAUUGGAAGCUCUAAUUGCUAUAAUGUGAAUCCCCUUUGGAUAAAGGCUCGGGCAACUGCUAUCAAGGCUUUAAGUUGUUUUGAGGUAAUGCAUUUUGAAAGGAGCAUACCUGAUUUCAGAGAUAAGGCAAUGGAGCUGUUGAUUCAUGAGACUGAUAUUCAUGUUCUCCAAGCGAUCGAAGAACUUGAAACCAAGAUUAUAGCAUAUGAGCAUAGUACUAGGCAAAGGUUUGUUAAGAAAAGUAGGGCUCCAAGAAGCAAAAUUGAGAAGCUUUUAGAAGUAUUUCCUCGUGUUAUUUGCUCUUCAGAAAAACGUUAUGCUGCAGGAAUGAUACCUGGUACUGCUGUGUUUCAACUUCAGUUCAAUCAAAAAGAUGCUAACCACGGGAAAUCGGAAAUUGCAGAUGAUGUAUUUGCUAAAUAUCACAACAUGCUAAAGCAAGUUUCUGCAUCUCUUUAUCUGUCAAGAAAUAUAUUGAUUGCUCUACUUUCAUUGCAAUCAUGGAAAUCCUUUAUGCAAAAUUGGCUGCACAAAUAUACAUCAGUACUUGUUGUUAAAGCAUCAACCAGUCCAUUGGAUAAAAUAUCAGAGGCUGCCAAUAUUAUUUUAAAGUGCAUGAUAAAGGUCGCUGAAGAUUCAAUGCCUAGGGUGGCUGAGAACAUUGCCCUUGCCAUAGGUGCAUUUUGUAUGAUUUUGCCCGCGUCUGUUCAUCAUGUUAAAGUCCUGGCUUCAAAGUUUCUUUUGGACUGGCUUUUCCAAUAUGAACAUGAGCAUUGCCAGUGGUCAGCUGCAAUUUCUAUUGGUGUGAUUUCAACUUGUCUGCAUUCAACUGAUCGUCAACAAAAACUCCAAUGUGUGAAUGGGCUUAUUGAGGUGGUAUGUGAAAGUAGAAAUAUUCUUGUCAAAGGGGCUUGUGGUAUUGGCUUGGGAUAUUCAUGUCAAGACCUUCUUACCAGGGAUGUAACUGCUGAUAAUGCAUUGGAUCAGGCUAGCUUUGUUCUACAGGAGAAAGCUCUUUUGGGGAAGAUUGUCAGGACACUAUCUUUGACAAUAUGGCAACUUACAAAAAUUUCUUCUGAUCUUCUUGUGAGCCUUUCUAAAUAUAAGGCCCCUGGUUUAGAAGAUGAUGACACGAAGGCAACAUCUCCAAUGACGGUUAAAAGAGACGAGGAUGAUCAAUGGGGUGUUACUGGUCUUGUCAUGGGUUUCGGUAUGUCUGUUAGUGCGCUUUCCAGAGCUGGGUCAUACGAUGCUAUGUGCAGUAUAAAAAUUUUGCUCACAUCCUGGAUUGCCGAAGCAGACUCCAUACUUACAGAAUCUACUACUGGAUGUCAAAGUUUAGAUAUGCUGUUAACUACUGGAGCAUGUCUAGUGCUUCCAACUGUUGCUUCAGUUUGUCGGAGACUGGAAAAGAUGCAUGAUAAUGAAUUAAGCGACUUGCUUUUAUGCUAUGAAAACCUCAUUUCAAAGCUUCAAAUGGAGAAAACAUGUAACAUCUUGCAUCACAAUCAGCUGAUGGCAGCAUGUGUUGGUGCAGGGUCUCUACUUUCAUUUGUUUUUUUUGGUGUAUUUAAAAAAAUAUACUCUGAUACCUAUCCUCACCUUGUUCAUCUUGGUGCAUUCCUUGGAGUGGUAAAUGCUAUGGGUGCUAAUACAGGGAGUAAACCUGAUCAUCGUUAUCCUGAAAUUGCUCCCAUCACUUUCUCUGAGGGAAGGGAAUCCUCUCACGUCAAUGCCCCUCUACUGUCAAGUUCUUGCUUUGCAGAAGAUCUAUUAGCAUUAAUACAAGAUAUAUUUCUUGUUGCGCAAGAUUCAUCUGACAGCCAACUACAAGCAUAUGCGUCAUGGGCAAUGUCAUUUCUUCAUCAACAUCUCUGCUCAAUAGAAGACAAGGAUGAAAAUAUAAGCUCGUUGCCUAAUAAUCAAAGCUUUUCCAAGGAUGCAAGUGUUAUGCAGCUCUCUACAUGGCUAAUGCAAUUAGACUAUUCCAGAGAUACCCCACAUGUCAACACAGUUGCUGCUGUUCUGAGGUGUCUUUCUAGUGUCCCCAGAUUGCCCAAGCUUGAUUGGGGAGCAGUUAUCAGGCGUUGUAUGAAAUACGUGGCUCAUAUUUCUGAGUUCUUACCCCAGGAAACAUCUUCUGUGAAGAGUAGCUUGCGCAAAGAAUGUGUGCUUUUCUCACUAGCUCAUGGGAAUAAAAUUGAUCCGCUACUUUCUUUCCUUGAUGAAUUGACUAGUUUGUUUAGGUUCAGGACGCUUGAUCUCAUUACACAGUCCUGUCUUCUCUUUCAUCUAUUGAACCUGACAAGAAUAUUCUCCAGUUCAAGAACUAAAGUGUUACUGGAAGACAUUUCUGAGUUCCUGUCAUCUCAAAUUUCUUCAUACCGAAACUAUAAUGUGAGGCAGAAAAGGUUUUUGCUGCUCUCCUGCUGGAAAGGACUCUCAAAUUGUUUUGAUGAAGAUUCUCUUGAUACUUCUGAAUACCUUUUUGGGAUGGAGAAGUGCAUGGAGAUUCUUUUUGCAUCGUUGCCUGCUCAACCAACUGCCUUUUCAGAACUUGAAUUGAUGCCCACCCUGGAAUGGAAUGAAGCAAUUGUAUGCUUGGGCAAGGCUAAAAAAGCUUGGUUGUUGGAUCUAUUACAGAUAUCUACUGUCACUCUAGUCCCAAGAGAUGAUUAUUUUGGAGUAAUGCUUAAGAAGAUGCUAGCGAUAACUGAGCUUGUAAAACUUGGAUCCCUUCCAUUGACUGAGCUUGCAAAGCUAAAGUCUUACAUGUUAAACACCCGAUCACAAGGCAUGUGGAAGUUGUUUGUUGAAAUUACGGCAGUGCUGCAGGAUGUAGAAGGAAGUAUCAAGAGACAAUGGGUCGUUAGUGUUCUGGAAAUAAGCUGUAUAACAAAAUAUCCAUCAACGGCACUGCAGUUUCUUGGUCUGAUCUCUGGUUGCUUCUGCAAAUACAUGCCAUUGUUCGUUCUAGAUCCACAAGCUGUGCUAGCUGACCUACCAAUCACUCUUUCGUCUCUUCUUUCAAGUAUCAAGUGGAGAGGGGUUGCUGAUGCUGCAGUUUCAUGCCUCUGGACAUUAACUGUGCGUAUCUACAGCUGGGCUAAGACCGUUACAUGCAAUGAUGGAUCACUCAAUUUGGAUAUCGACCCAAGUGAAGCUGAAAUGUCAAACUUGCUAAUGCAGGUGCUCUUGGAUGCUUGCCAUAAUUUAAAAGAGUUUUUGCCUUUAAAAAAUCAGCUUAUGCUGGCAAACAUGGUUAUGUGCUGACAUUUGCUUCUUUGAGUGAUAUGAUUUGAACACCAUGUUUAUGGUUUUUAUCAUCAAUGUAAUUUCUUUUCUUCUCCCUUAUCUUCCUUAACAAUGUAUUUGAUCUUUUGAACUUGUAGCAAUUCAUUUUAAAAUUGUCAAAUGGCACAAAAAACAGGUGUAAUCUCUGUACACUUCAGAAUAGGUCAAGGAUUUGAAGCCUGGUUAAAGAACUUUUUUCUUCUCUCUCU